AUGCGCGCACUCGCCUUCAACGCCAUCAAUGACGGAGCCAACGCCAGAUCUGCGGCCCGCGGCAGCCCCUGCGGCCCCCUGCCGCCGUCACCACGGCGAUCGAUCGCGCCACCCGGCCGCCCCGCGGCCGCCGCAGCCAAGGGCCCGCGCCAAUCCGAUGGCCCGACCGUGAUGAGCCUCGUGGCCAAGACACGCGCGUGGCGG